UUAGUGAUAUCCGUAAAAAGAAGUAUAUUAAUACCACCGCGUACAAGGUCAACAAUCAUGGGAUUCUUUCUGCCGAUAUUGGCUAGUGCAUUGGUAAUUGGCAUUGCCUACACAUCAUGGAUAAUUUUAUACCAAUACACGUACUGGAAGUGUCGCAAGAUGCUGCACUUGAAACCUGUUCCCGUGAUCGGCAACAACGCACCUUUUUUCUUUCGCAACGUAGCGUUUCCAUAUCACAUACAAAAUCUCUACGAAAAUUUUCCAGGGGCCAAGUAUUACGGUAUUUUCGACUUCAAAAACCCAGUGCUCUUACUGAAGGAUCCCGAGAUGAUUCGGGAUGUAUGUAUAAAAAGCUUUGAAAGUUAUGUGGACCACGACGCGUUUGUCACGGAAGAGAUGGACCCCAUAGUCGGUCGUAAUUUGUUUUCCCUCCGAGGUCAGCGAUGGAAGGAUGUGAGGAGCACGUUGAGCCCGAGUUUUACGACUGCAAGAAUGAGGAUAAUGUUCCAGCUCAUUGCUGAGUGCUCGGAUGAUUUUGUUCAGUAUUUCUUGGACAAUCCCGAGGUCAGUUGUCCAAUGAAUGCUUUUUGUGAUUGAAAUGUCGUAUACUAA